AUGGCCAGCCAGACCUUAGAAGCUCGUCUCGAGACGCUCACCGUCUCCGAUGACUAUGACCAGCUCGAUGCUCCCAAGGUCCCCUCUAAGAGCAAGCCGCUCUUCAAAGUCGCCCUACAGCCCUCGUCCAGCGCCUCGGUUACCCUGCCCUCCCAAGCCGCCAUCCAGCGCACCAAGUCCGCAGUCCCAGCAUCGCCGCCCCCCGCCCGCAAGGCACUUCCCAGCAGCUCCCGUCCCUCCGCCGACAUCGACGAGCAGCAGCUGCAGCGCAACCCCCAGCUCGUAGACCAGCCCACCAUCAAGCAGUGGCACCUCGGCAUGUUCGAGAUUGGCCGUCCUCUCGGCAAGGGGAAGUUUGGACGCGUCUAUCUCGCCAGAGAGCGAUCGAGCGGCUACAUCUGCGGUCUCAAGGUGCUGCACAAGAACGAGCUCCAGGCCGGCGGCGGUGUCGAGAAGCAGGUCCGUCGCGAGAUUGAGAUCCAGAGUAACCUGCGCCACCCCAACAUCCUCAAGCUGUACGGCCACUUCCACGACAGCAAGCGUAUCUUCCUGAUCCUCGAAUACGCCGCCAAGGGUGAGCUCUACAAGCACCUGCGCAAGGAGCAUCGGUUCCCUGAGUGGAAGGGUGCGCAGUACAUUUCUCAGAUGGCUUCUGCCCUCCAUUACCUUCACAGGAAACAUGUUAUCCACCGUGAUAUUAAGCCCGAGAACAUUCUCGUGGGCAUCCACGGCGAGAUCAAAAUCUCUGACUUUGGAUGGAGCGUGCAUGCACCCAACAGCCGCCGCAAGACCAUGUGCGGAACACUGGACUACCUGCCCCCCGAGAUGGUCAAGCCGGGCAGCUCAGACAACUACUACGACGAGAAGAUCGAUCUCUGGAGUCUAGGUGUGCUGACGUACGAGUUCCUCGUCGGCGAGGCGCCAUUCGAGGAUACGCCUGUCAUGACCCAGAGGAGAAUUGCAAGGGCCGAGAUGACGGUGCCAAAGUUCGUGAGCCCCGAGGCUACGGAUUUGAUCAAGAAGCUUCUCGUGUUGGACCCCUCGAAGCGUCUUCCACUGGAUCAAGUUCAGAAACACCCCUGGAUCACAAAGCACUGCGACAGCAGCCGGGGCAGCAGGCGGUGA